AUGGUCCCGACCAAGCCGUGGGGAGAGUGGUUCCUGAGCCCGCCGGUGACCCCCGCCGGGCUGUUCGGCGUGGCCUUCCUCGCCCGCGUCGCCCUGGUCUUCUACGGGGUCUUCCAGGACCGCACGCUGCUCGUGAGGUACACGGACAUCGACUACCACGUCUUCACGGACGCCGCGCGCUUCGUCACCGAGGGCCGCUUUCCGUACCUGAGGGCGACCUACCGGUACACGCCCCUGCUCGCGUGGCUCCUCACCCCCAACAUCUACCUCAGCGAGCUCUUCGGCAAGUUCCUCUUCAUCAGCUGCGACCUCCUCACGGCCUUCCUCGCGUUCCGCCUGCUGCUGCUCCGGCGGCUGGGGCGCCGCCAGGCGUGCGGCUACUGCGCCUUCUGGCUGUUCAACCCGCUCCCCAUGGCGGUGUCCAGCCGCGGCAACGCCGACUCGCUCGUGGCCUCGCUGGUGCUGGCGACCCUGUACCUCCUGGAAAAGAGGCUCGUGGCGGCCGCCGCGGUGUGCUAUGGGGUCGCGGUGCACAUGAAGAUCUACCCCGUGACCUACGCGCUCCCCAUCGCCCUGCACCUGCUCCCCGAGCGCGGCCGGGACCCGGGCCCGAACCCCCUCCGGGCUGGGGUGUGCGCUCUCCUCAAGAGGCUGUGCAGCCGGGCCGUGCUGCUCUUCGGAGCCGUGGCCGGGCUCACCUUCGCGGCCCUGAGUGUGGGCUUUUACUAUCAGUACGGCUGGGAGUUUUUGGAGCACACCUACCUCUACCACCUGACCCGGCGGGACAUCCGGCACAACUUUUCUCCGUAUUUCUAUAUGUUGUACUUGACCGCGGAGAGCCCGUGGAGUUUCUCCCUGGGCAUCGCCGCCUUCCUGCCCCAGGGCAUCUUGCUUUUAGCGGUGUCUCUGGCCUAUUCCAGAGACCUCGUCUUUUGCUGUUUUCUGCACACGUCCAUUUUCGUGACGUUUAACAAGGUCUGCACCUCCCAGUACUUCCUCUGGUACCUCUGCCUGCUGCCCCUCGUGAUGCCGCGCCUGAGGAUACCUUGGAAGAGGGCGGUCGUCCUCCUGAUGCUGUGGUUUGCGGGGCAGGCCCUGUGGCUGGCACCCGCCUACGUUCUUGAGUUUCAAGGGAAGAACACCUUUUUGUUUAUCUGGUUAGCUGGCUUGUACUUCCUUCUUAUCAACUGUUCCAUCCUUAUUCAGAUCAUUUCCUACUACAAGGAGGAGCCCUCGGCGGAGAGACUCAAACAUGACUAG